AGACAGACAGACAGAUCAAGGGAGAGAGUGGAAAGAGGCGGAGGCGGAGAGUGCGAAUAUGCGUAUCUGAUUAUGUUGAAAUUACAUAAGUUUGUCAAAUCUAUUGGUUAUGUAUUAAGGUGGAGACAGUUGUAAGAAGAGUCACAGGCAAAUGGCAAUAGAUAUCUUCAUGUGACAUUCAAGAUGGCGAAAACGUUAAUCAGUACUGUGAGCUUUCAUCUAGCUUGUCUGUUUGUUGUAUUCUUGUAUACAACAUACACUUCUGGAGAAUUUGAAUGGAUGAAAUAUGAUCACUACGACGAAAUACAGGACAAAAUUACGGCAGUCACGCCGCAGAAUUGCAGAGGCAAAUCGAGAGACCAGUUAACUGUGAGAGCAGACGUUGUAUCUCAGCUGCCAAAAUACAACGAACUUUUGAGCAAGAUCAUGUAUAAAAAUCGCACGAAACUCUUGCAUCUUCAUAAUAUGGCAUUAAACAGAGCCUAUUUCUAUAGUUACAUGCUACAAAAAUUCAAUGAAUCUAAGAAUGAUUUUCCCAAUUUGCCAGGUUGGAUGUAUAUGUAUAUGUCAGCAGUUGCUGAUGUCAAUGCUAAUCCAUUUAGUCUGAACGGCAGUAGUUUAUUUUAUGACUAUAACUGUUCUUAUCCCAAUUGGUUGGACCCGUACAAAUUUAAUACAACAUUGCCUUUAUUUGGUCCGUCUGCCUGGCGAUGGGAUGAUUCAAGAGAUUCAGAUAAUUAUCUUCGAGAGAUGACCUUACAAACAGUAAUGAUCAAAGAUUUUGGUGCAAGUAAUCACAAUUAUACUGACCCUUCCUCAAAGACAACACCUUGGUACAAUGUUUAUAAACUUCCUGAUACCUCGAGUAGUAUGGAUUCUCUUACUAAAUUCUCUUACAAUAUUGGUUUUAAAUAUUCCAAUUAUACAGGAGCGUUUAGUACUAAGGAAUACAAUGUUGAUUCAUUCUUUGGACCAAGUCAACCUGGUCAGACAGCAGGAAAUAUUCCACUUCCGGUUUAUUUUACACAACCAUAUAUGGAUUGUGGUAAAUCAAACCAAUGGAUUAUAUCUUCCGUUUCGCCAGUUAUGGAUUACAUGUAUCGGUUUGUUAACUGGACUCAUAUUCGUCGACCGAGAAUAGUAGCUCUGUCAGUGAUGGACAUGUAUUUCAAACAGAUAGACUUCAAUGCCUGUCCAGUCAGUACUGGCAACCCUGGACCGAGCUAUCUGUCUGGAAUUGCUCGCUGCAAGACUAAAACAACUGUGUGUAAACAUGUUCCAGCAAUGGGUUUCAAGCGAGGAGGCUACUCGUGUCCAUGUCGACCUGGGUAUCGGUACCCUGUUUCAAUGAAACCGCCUUGGAGGGGAAUUGAUAUUGAGAAAGCAACAAACAAAGAAUACGAAACCGGUUUUUCAUGCACCAAAACCGACUUUAGGUCUGUUUUACCAUCAAAUCGAGAUCUUCAAAAAGUUAAUUCAGAAGAACUUGCAGCAACAUUGAGUAUUACAACUUGGGAGAAAGCGAAACGUUCUGUGUCUAAUUUUAUUUAUAAAAAGUUCUCUAGAUUUUAUAACAUUUAUUCUAAUGAGACUCACAUAAAUCUCAGUCCGUUUCAAUCCGAAAAAAGUCUCUUUUCUCUAGACUCUGAAAAAGUCCUACAAUUUGCAGCUGAUAGCCGCAAAAAAGUGAAAGAAAGACGUAGAUUUCAUACUCGUUUCCGUAGAAGUUUAAUUGACGAAAAAUCAAUUUACAGAAUCCAAAAGCUUUUUAAGAAAAUCUCUUCGAUAACUUCAGACAACUGUCAAAAUGUAGCCCCUGAAAACCUUUUGCUUCCAGGAGAUGUUGGUUAUGGUGUUUCAACACAGUUUGAAUUUCAAGCAAGGACUGCUUUGCGAUUGGCCCAUUUCUUGUCUAAUUACCUACAAAAUGCAAAUCCUAACGAAAAUUUCGGUUAUCAUAAAGGGGGUGCUCGACUUAUUCCUCAGCAAAUCUUUGGGGAAGUUGUGGCUAAUGUGAUGGCUGAUUUUAGGAUAAUGUCUUCAGGUGUUUUCUUUGAUAAAUAUGUAUUCAAAGAAAGCGAAACUACAGUAAAGGAAUUGUUCGGACCAUUUGCUUUCCGCCAGAGAGGACUCUAUCGUGCAGUUGACAGUGCUGGUCUACAAAAUCCUUAUACGGAAGAAGAUUGGUUUAUAAAAUCUAAGCAACGUUGGAAAUUGAACACCUUUGGACUUAAAACCUAUAAAAUGAGGGCUCAUGUUCGAACUGAUUUUAAUGGAUCGAGCAAUAUUCCUUUCGAAUAUUAUCCUAUGAGAUACAAAGCACCAAUGUUAAAGGAUGGUUUUUGGACACGUCCUUAUUUCCGAUGUGAUGGCCUUGUAAAUAAAUGGAUUGUUACAUACGCAGUACCGUUUUUUGGAAUUGAUGAAUUACGAACAACAGUUAUAUUCAAUGGUGUUGUCACAGUUGAUAUUCCAUUGAAGCUAUUACGUAUCAACCAGUGUCCACAGCCGUUUUAUGUGGCCAAUGCCUUCAAAAACACAGCAAGAUGUCCCGAAACAACCACAUGUGCUCCGCUUGCACAUUUAUCAUUCACCAUUGGCUCUUACCGUUGUAACUGCAAACAAGGAACUGAAUAUCCAAUUAACGAUGGCAAGUUCUGGAUCGAAGGUUCUCUUCUAGAACUCGAAUACAUAAGAAAAAAAAGAGGCCUAAUAAACAGGUAACAUUUAACAGAACAUAACUUAUAAAAGAAACAAAAAAAAAGAGUAUGGUGGGUGCCUUGGAGAUAGGAAAACGAAGUUUCGAUUUACACCUGAAACUAUAUCCCCGCAUACCUGUUGUUAACAGAGAGAUCAUCAUCGUCACCUGUUCAGGCGACUUGCCCGGACCAGUAAGUCAUAUUGGCCGUUCAAUUGGGAAUGUCUCAUGUGCAAACGGAACAGCUACAGAUAUUUGCCGUAGUUUGUUAACUGAACUGGUUGAUCCUGGCUGUUGAAAGUUUGUAGUCUAUUCAUCCGUUCAGCAUCUGGUGAUAUUCGCCUUUACUCAAUAAGUUCAUCCGCCUAAAUAGUUCACAUCUACCAUACUAUCUCCCAUGAUUUCAAUGUAACCCUGGCUCGGGCGGUUACCAGGUGGUAGGCUUUGCCAAAGAGCCACCCAUGGUUUGGCCCAGGGCUGUUUAUUCCCUUCUUCACAGCUGACUUGUACAUACUAAUUAAUGCGUAUCUGGGACCUUGACAGGUGAUACUAAUGUAGGUCAGAGUAGAUCUAAGAGCAAUAGUGGAUAAGAGUUGGAACCACAAUCCUCAAAAUCCUACAACUCCCGAACCAAGGCCCCACUACCGGGUACAGUUUUAAUUCAUACUUAGGACACAAUGAUGAAACGAACAAUAUAAAAAUUUUCCCCUCAGUCACCCUUCACUUAAAUAUAGCCCUUUUGUGCAUAACCAACAGGAGUUAAUACAGACAACAUCGAUGAGUUAGAGUUUGAUAAAAGCAAAAUGAUUACCAUCUGUCUUGGUAGAAGAUGGAAUGUCCCCGUCCUCCACAUAUAACCCAGACUUACUCGUUAAAUCAAUGCAUAAGUAGCUGAGACUUCAACAGCUCCAUGUAUCUUUAGUGUAUUUCUGAAGCCAAACCUGCACCCUUGAAUUGU